AUGUCCUCAAAGACCACCCCAACACAACCAACCUACAUCUCCUCCUCCGGCUCCCUCACCACCACAAAACCCCUCCACAAACGCAUCUAUGGCGUCAUCUGUGCGAUCCUAUCGUUCGUGUACUUGUAUUUCCGUUCACUCUUCUCGCUUAAUCCACAGUCUACGGCCGCUGGGUCGCGGUCGAGGGGCGGGACGGUUGGUGGAUGGAGUUCGGGGAGGAGUAUGAACGGCGGGAGUGGCAGCGGAAGGAGAAUUGGGAGGGUUGAUGAUGUACGUGGGCCGGAGUAUGGGAGUGGUGGGUGUCCGCCUCGAUGA